UUUGCUUCAACUCCAAAGAGUGCACUGACUGCGCCGGGAGUGCUAUUGCCAUGCCAUUUUUGCGGUCGAAGCUGGACAAGAACGCCGUCUACUUCAAAUUCGCUCAUGAAGGCCAUGCUCUGGAAAAGGUGGAGUUCUAUGGCAAAGAGAUUGCAGUCGGGGAUCUUCGGCACUCCAUUGCCGAGAUGAAGAAACUGCCCAAGGUUGACUUGCAGAUUCUCAAUGAAUCCACCGGCGAGGUUUACGCUCGUGAUGGCCACUUGCUGAGCCGCAACAUUAUUGUGACGGUCCGACGCACGCCGAUACAGACACAGAAGAAGCCCUCGGUCUUGAACCUAGAAGGAGCUGACCUCUUUGCACCAGUGAGGAAAAAGGCACGAGUUGUCAAGAAAGUGGAGCCAGAGGUACCUGAGCAGAAGGCGCCCUGCCCACCUGAGUAUUUGUGCCCUUUGUGCAGAGGCAUUUUCGAGAACCCAGGAAUUGCACGGUGUUGCGGACGGUCUGCCUGCUUCAGCUGCUUUGAGGAGAAAUCUGAUGGAACAUGUCCCCUUUGUACCAGGCAGUUGCUGGAAGAGGAAAAGCCUUUGCCAAACCCACGGCUGGCAGAAAUUGUGGCCUCCCUGAACUUGGACUUCUUUCAGCUGCCCCAAAAGACGGUGGCAAGACAAGCUGCUGGGCGAGGCCCUCCAAAGACAGAGGCCCCAUCUGCAGUUCCCGCUCCUCCACUUGCUCAUGAAGAAGUUCCCCACCCAUCAACAUCCACUCCAGCUCCAAUUGCUGGUGCUACCUUGGUGCCCUGCAUGCUCUCACCAGAGCAGUUUCACGCCUGGCAGCAGUCAUUGCUGCAAAGCAAGUCGCAUGGGCGAAGACGUGAGAGACGCAGACGAAGUGAUUAAGACGUAAAGAAGUCGUCUGACGCGUCCAGAGUGUAAACACACGUAUACUGC